AUGGGCAAUCGAGCCUUCGUUGACCUGCUUGCUACGCAACAUUGUUUGAUUUGUAGCGGCGAAAAGAUGCUCGCUCAACGCCUUUUGUCGCGGCGCCUGCCGCAGGUUGCCCUUCGAUCUACAGUCCCCCGCGCUUCAUUCUCACACGUUCGUGUUCUGAACGCAGCUGAGAACGAUGAUCCUUUGAUGAACGGCGGUUACCAGAAUCCCCCCCGCAUGAAGCGUCAGUUCAGAAGUCCCUACGUCGACUGGUGGGACAAGCAAGAGAGGAGGAACUUUGGCGAACCGGUUCACGAGGAGAACGAAAUCCUCGGUGUCUUCAGUCCCGAGCAAUACACCCAUGUGACCUCCGGCAAGGGUAUCCUCCAGCUCGGUGCUUUCGUUGUGACAUUUCUCGGGCUUUGCGGCGUCGUGAGCGCCUUCUACCCUGACAAGCCUAGUGUUCCUAGGACGUUCCCUGACGGCCUGGAGAAGGAGCUUGGAGGCCCAAAUGCUCUUCCGGCGCGCAAGUCCGGCGAGGAUAGUUGGUGA